AGAACCCCAGGAGUUAAGGUCGGCCUUUCUCAUCAUCUGCAGCCAUGAAAUUCUCCCUUGUUGCCGCUCUUGUUGUUGUGCUGGCUGUUGCCCAUGGCACUGAGGCUGUGUCCCUGGUGAAGCGUGAAGUCCCCUCUGAGGUGGACAUGAUCACCAAGAUCAUCAAGGACAUGUCCGUCACCAUCACCAGCGCAACCAACGACAUGGUGGAGAAGGUGAAGGCUCUUGAGCUGACCAACCAGGCCCAGACUUACAUGGAGGGCAGCAGAGCCCAGGUCCAGCCACUGGUUGAGAAGGUCCAGGCUGAGGCCGAGAAGCUCCAGGAGCAGCUGAAGCCCUUCCUCACCAACAUUGAGGAUCAGUUCAAGCCUCUGACCGACAACAUCCAGACCCAGGUCAAGCCUCUGACCGACAACUUCCACUCCCAGGUCCAGACUCUGACCACCCAGAUGGAGAGGCUCUUCCAGCAGCUGUUGGACCAGGCCAAGGCCCUGCAGUAAAGCUCGUCGUUGGUUCAUCCCGCUGGCUCGGGCUCACUUUGGGUUUAGCCCCAGAAGUUGAAGGGAAAACAUUACUUUCUCUCUUCUUCUGGUGUUAGU